GACCUUCCUCUCAACACCCGCUACCGUACACCGAUCACUACAUCCCGUAUAGACGAACACAUCGCGCAUUCGGCGUCAUCAGACGAUACACGGCAGGUGCGCACGCCAUUGGCCCACGCGAGGCAACAAUAAGGGCGGGCAGCCAACAAAGAAAAUCUCCGCCACGCCGCGCCCCUCACUGCCCGCCAUCCGCCCCCUCGAUCGCAUCAUCGCCGCCGCCCGCCCACCAUGUCGUACCAAGCCCGCCGCGCCCCGAACGUGAGCGCGUACCUCGCCAACCUCAACACCAUCCCCACCGCCAAUGAGCUGGCGGCGCAGAAUGACACACUCGUGCUUGGCGCCGAUCUUGGACUCGAAGACUUUGCCAAUACCGAGUUCUUCGACUUUGAUCAGUUCAAUCCCAUAGACGGCGACUUUGCAGCGCAGACUCUACCGGAAGCGGCGCAGCAGCAGCAGCAACCGCAGCAGCAACAACCGCUGCCUUCGCCGCAGAAAGCGGGUAGCAAUGGCGGUGCCAGCGGGAACGCCGGCAUGGCAGCGGGUAUGGGUGGCUACAUGACCGAAUUUCAAACCUACCCGACCCCAACCACGGCCAGCACUUCCACGACCAAUACUCUUCCCUCGCCCACGCUGCUCCAGGGCGCCUACCCACCCCAACCCUACCAUCACCAGCGUCCCUCUACCGGCGUCUCCUCCUUACCUUCCGCAGCAGAUCUUGAGGAAGCCGCCCGUAUGGCCGCAGAAGAGGACAAAAGGCGCCGAAACACGGCUGCCUCCGCGAGAUUCCGUGUAAAGAAGAAGGCGCGUGAAGCGCAGCUAGAGAAGCAGGCUAAGGAAAUGACGGACAAGGUGACGGCGUUGGAGAGCAAGGUGCAGGCGUUGGAGAUGGAGAACCGAUGGCUGAAAGGCUUGAUUGUAGAGAAGGCGGGUGGGAAGGGAUUAUUGGAGAGGGAGACGGGGAGGGCCAAGGUAGCGAAGGCGGAGGAAGAUAAGACGAGUAGUGAAGAAAGAACGGACGGUGUCGGUACGGGAGGAGAGGUCGAGGCUUGAUGGUAGCGGAUGGCUUUUU